UAUCAAAGUUGCGACGACGACCAAACGAGCACGAGUGAGAGGACAAGAGAGAGAGACAGAGAGAGAGACAGAGAGCGUUCUUUGUAAUGUGGUGAUAAUUGGAGGAUGGCAUCUAGAUUUGGCUUCGUUUUUUCUCUUCUCUCUAUAGCAACUUGCAUCUUGCCGUCCUAUGGUUCUUGUUCUGCUCGCUGCUAUAAUGGCGGCACCUGCGUUGUCAUUUCUGGGAAAGAAUCUUGCAGUUGUUCGGUGGGUUAUCGUGGACUUGAGUGUGAGUUCGCUGACCCUUGUGCCAGCAAUCCAUGUCAUAGCGCAGCCACGUGCCAGCUCAGCGAGGCUUCAGGGAAACACUAUUGUCUUUGCCCGCCGUAUUUCUCAGGCAGCGGUUGCGAUUUCUAUCUUGUUCCGUGUACAGAUCCCAACAACCACUGCACAUCAUACGGGAAAGGAAACUGCUUGCCAAAUGGACUGUGCAACUGUACUGACGGAUACCAUGGCUUAAGAUGUGAAGUGAAGCCAGGUGAAGAGGAUCAUUGCCAGGGAUAUCCAUGUCAACAUGGUGGUAUUUGUACCAGUCUUUCUGCUACCACGUUUGGGUGUCACUGUCAGGAGGGAUUUAAUGGUACUCGUUGCCAAACUGAAAUUGAUGAAUGCAGUCUUACACCUUCAAGAUGUUUGAAUGGAGCUACCUGUCGGAACUCGUUUCACAGUUUCAGUUGUGAUUGCUCUCCUGGAUACACCGGACAAAGCUGUGAUCAGUUGAUUUAUCCUUGUGGCAGUCAGCCUUGCCUAAAUGAAGGAACUUGUAGAAAUGUUGGAGGUCAUCCAUACUGUCAUUGUCCCACGGGCUUUACUGGACAGCACUGUGAGGUGAUGAUCAACUAUUGUACGAGUAUGCCAUGUCAAAAUCAUGCUUCUUGUAAACCGUUUGUGAAUAAUUUCACAUGUGACUGUCAAAGUGUGGGUUUACAAGGUCGUUUUUGUGAAUAUGAUAUUGAUGAGUGUAAUGGGGGAUCUGGACCUUGUUUGAAUGGUGGAACUUGCAAGAACCUGUUUGGCAGUUUUGAAUGUGAUUGCAUUUCCACUGGUUUCAUUGGUCAUAUAUGUGAGAAUGACUUUGAUGAUUGUCAACAUAAACCCUGCAAAAAUAACGGCACUUGUAUGGAUGGGGUAAAAACAUUUAAUUGUGUUUGUAUGCCUGGUUACACAGGAUUUUUGUGUGACAUUAUUGAUGAGUGUUCAGAAAGUUCAGUACCUUUAUGUGAGAAUGGUGGGACCUGCUUGAUGAUGUGGCACGAACAAGAACACUAUUGUGAAUGUGCAAUAGGAUAUACUGGCUUAAACUGUAGUGAGGAUGUAGAUGAAUGCAAAAGCAAUCCUUGUAUGAAUAAUGCCACUUGUCAGAAUUCUGCUGGUUUGUUUAGUUGCAUUUGUCCAUCUCUUGGAUUUACUGGCUCGUUAUGUGAAAGUGACAUUGAUGACUGUAUUUCAUUUCCUUGUUUGAAUGGAGGGACGUGCUGGGAUCGCAACGGUGACUACAGUUGUCAGUGUCAGAUCGGUUACACUGGGAAGAAUUGUGGAACUGACAUAGAUGAGUGUUUGACAAUGCCAUGUCAAAAUGAUGGAACAUGCAAGAAUGUUGAUGGCUCUUUUUCAUGUUCAUGUCCUGUUGGGUUCACGAAUUAUAACUGUAAUAUCACAAUUGACUUUUGUGACCCAAAUCCUUGUUUUAAUAGUGGAAAUUGCACACACUUGAACACUGGCUUCAGUUGUGUGUGUCAACCAGGGUUUACUGGAGAUACUUGUCAGAGUGAUAUGGAUGAGUGUGCCAGUUAUCCAUGUAUGAAUGGUGGAACAUGUCAUGAUAAGCAAGAUGAAUACAGGUGUGCAUGCACAAAUGGAUUUGAUGGACAGAUGUGUGAGAGUAAUAUUGAUGAAUGUAUGUCAAUGCCAUGUUGGAAUGGUGGGACUUGUGUGAAUGGUUUAGCCAAUUUCUCAUGCAAGUGUCUAGAAGGGUUCAGUGGAAUAGACUGUCGGCAUAAUAUUAUUGAAUGUGCUAGUAAUCCUUGUCAAAAUGAAGGCACUUGUUUUGACUUGGUUGAUAGAUUUUCAUGUGGCUGUAUCAAGGGAUUCACAGGUGAACACUGUGAAACUAAUAUUGAUGACUGUUCUCUAUCUUCUUCUUGUGAUUUAAUUGGAGGGAGUUGUAUUGAUGGUAUUGAUUCUUACUCUUGUUUGUGCAAUCCUGGUUACACUGGCAGUACUUGCAAUGUUCACAUUGAUGAGUGUGCAUCAGAGCCAUGUCAGAAUGGUGGUGUGUGUAUAGACUUGGAAAACGGCUACAAGUGCCGCUGUCUACAGGGAUACAGUGGAUUAGACUGCUCUGUUGAUGUGAUUGAUUGUGCUGGCGCACCAUGUCAAAAUGAAGGAACAUGUGUAGACAACAUUGGCAGCUAUUCUUGUAUAUGUCACAGUGGGUUCAAUGGUACUAACUGUGAACAUGCUGUAAACAAAUGCGACGAUCUUCCUUGCAUGAAUGGAGGGUUGUGUCAUGAAAGCAACAGCACUAGUACCAGGUAUCAGUGUGUUUGUUUGUCUGACUUUACAGGUGUCAACUGCGAGGUGAAUGUGAGCAAAUGCAGCUUGAUGUCUUGCAAAAAUAAUGGAACUUGUGUUGAGGACAGUGCUGGAUGGACAUGUCAGUGUGUGACGGGAUUCCAUGGGCGUUUAUGUGAAACCAAUGUAGACGACUGCUUGUCUGAUCCUUGUCAAAAUGGUGGUACGUGUCAUGAUGAAAUAAGCUCUUUUCGCUGUGACUGCACGCCUGGAUAUGAUGGCUUAGAGUGUGACACUAAUACUAACAGUUGUCAAGAAUCACCUUGUAAAUAUAAUGCAACAUGUGUAAAUGAAACAAAUGGUUAUCGUUGUUUAUGCCCAAUUGGAAUGACUGGUACACAGUGUUCAGAUGUACUGUAUGAUCCUUGUCAAUCACAGCUUUGCAGAAACAAUGGAACGUGUUUCUGGAUGCCAGGCAGUGGUGUCAGAUGUACCUGUGCAUACGGGUAUACUGGCACAUUAUGUGGCCUGGAAGUAGACGAAUGUUUGUCAGCUCCGUGUCUAAAUGAAGGAACAUGUGUGAAUGGAGUUGCCAACUACCACUGUAAAUGUAGGGAAGGCUUUUCUGGUCAACGCUGUGAAAAUGAAGUAAAUGAAUGUGACAGUAGCCCAUGUCAAAAUAGAGGAGUUUGCAUAGAUGAAUUUGCUUCAUAUCACUGUAACUGCUCUACUAGAUACUUUGGUUAUCACUGUGAGUUCAAAAUGAAUUAUUGUUAUUCAACACCUUGUCAACAUAAUGGUACUUGCAUUGCAAAUGAGACUGGUCACUCAGACUUUGCAUGUAUUUGUUCAGAUGGAUUUACUGGAUCUUUGUGUGAGCAUGACAUUGAUGACUGCAUUCACUCACCUUGUGGAAAUGGAACGUGUGUGGAUGGUGUUGAUGAAUAUAGUUGCAGCUGUUUGUCUGGGUUUUCUGGUUCACGCUGUGAAGUGAAUAUUAAUGAAUGCACUUCAAACCCUUGUGAUAGUCGAGGAACUGAUUUUUGUGUAGAUAGCAUAAAUCGGUAUACUUGUAGUUGUGUCACAGGCUUCACUGGACAGAGAUGUGAAACACAGUUGGAUGAGUGCAUAUCAUUUCCUUGUCAGAAUGGUGGAACUUGUUUAAGUUUAUUGGGUCGAUUUGAAUGUACUUGUAUGAAUGGGUACACAGGAUCUAUGUGUGAACAAGAUAUAGAUGAUUGCAUGUCAUCACCCUGCAUCUACGGACAAUGUGUAGAUCACAUUGCAUCGUUUUCCUGUGACUGUCAGUUGGGGUUUACUGGUCUGUUGUGCGACUUGGACAUGAUUGAUGAUUGUGUCAAUGUUGACUGUUUGAAUGGAGGAACAUGUUCUGAUCAGAUUAAUUCUUUCAGUUGUCAUUGUGCUCCUGGCUAUGCUACUGUCAGUGGUCCUGAUCGACGGUGUGUUGCACAGUUUGUUGUGUGUAUGCAUGGUGAGCAUGAACCCUGCCACAUGAAUGGAACAGCCAAUUGCACAAACAUAUUAGGGGGAGGAUAUCAAUGUCAUUGCAAACCCGAGUUUACUGGUCAGCACUGCGACGUCGCCAUUCCUUCUUGUGUAGGAAGCACUUGUCACAAUGGAGGGUUGUGCCAACACACUAGUGUAGGAUUGCGAUGUGUUUGUCUACUUGGAUAUACAGGUAAUAGCUGUGAAACUAAGAUUGAUGCCUGUUUAUCAUUGCCUUGUCAAAAUGGUGGCAGUUGUGUAGAACAAUUGGGACACUACGUUUGUCAGUGUGCCAGUGGCUUUAUCGGUGUACAUUGUUCUGUUGAUGUCAAUGAGUGUGAGUCUAAUCCUUGUGAGAAUGGAGGUGUUUGUGCUGAUGGGGUCAACUCAUAUCAGUGCAAUUGUACAUCAGGGUUUACUGGACAUAAUUGUACUGAUGACAAAAAUGAGUGUGUAAAUCCAGAUAGCAAUCCUUGUGCUAGUGGAAGAACUUGUAUCAAUCGUAAUGGGUCUUAUGACUGUGUUUGCUCCACUGGCCUGACUGGAUUUUACUGUGAGAGCGACAUUGAUGAAUGUGCAUCACGUCCAUGUCAACGUAAUUCAACUUGUGUCAAUGGUGUUGCAAUGUACAGUUGUGUUUGUGGGUCAUUAUAUUCUGGACCAAACUGCGAGUUUCGAGUGACUUGCAAUGAUCAUAAUCCUUGUUUAAACAAUGGGACUUGUAUAUCUGAUGAUUAUUAUGGCUGUCAGUGUAUGGAAGGAUUUACAGGGGACAACUGUGAGAUGCUAUCGACUGCAACUUCAGACUCUUUGUCUUCAGCUGAGGAAGAAGCUCUUCGUGAUCGAGGUUGUCCAUCGAACUGUUCGAGUUUACCAGUAAAUGGCAUUUGUGAUAAAAGCUGCAAUAUCAGUAACUGUUCUUUUGAUAAAGGUGAGUGUCGUGUUAUACCGCCCUGGCCAGAAUGUUCUGCUGAUUGUCAUGAAAAAGCUCUCAAUCUUGUAUGUGACCACAGUUGCUCAUCAUUUGAAUGUCGUUUUGAUGCUGGAGACUGCAAUACUUGCAGCAAGAGCUGCGAUGACCAUAAUAAUGCAGGCGAUGUGCCUGGCAUGUUGUUGUUUGAAUUGGAGGUUAGUUUGGAGAAGUUCAAUGAAACUUUAUUUUCAUUUUUACUGUCGAAAGUACUAAAUGCAACUUUGGACAUUGUUAGUACAACUGCUGAAGCUGACAGGAGAAUUCUCGUAAAAUUGAAAGUUCACAUGUUAUGUAAUCAUUGUUUUCUUACUAUAAAAGAGUUGGUUGAUUACUUGGUUGGUCUUCAGCAAGCUCAUGCUCUGCGAGUAGCAUAUGGUGUUAAGCGCAUUGCAUCUGAAGAUGAAGGACCAAAGACCCCGACUUGGGUCAUCAUCACAAUUGUUAGUGUUGUUGUCUUACUUGCAGUGGUCGUGUUAGUUCUAGUGAAGAGGAAAGUGACAGUUCGGCGAACUUGGAUUCCACAGUCAUUUUCUGAUGCUCGAGGAGAGCCUGUCGGAGAAGAAAAUUCCAAGCAUCCUGCACUGAAGUCGUUAGGAGUGUCAGAAUUAAACAUUGUUAGUGGAGAGCCGCCACGCAAACAGGCUAAGCAGUCAGAGUCACAUCUUUGGAGGGAAACUGUAUUUAGUAAUGAGCAGGUGGUUGGAUUGGAGCCUUAUGAGUGCAGUGCAGGAGAUGGUGUGCGAGAUGAUGAUGAUGAACAUGGUAAGGAUCAGUGGACUGCUUUGCACCACCAAGGAGUGAAUCCACAUAAUCCUCCCAAUUCAAUGCCAACACCUCCACAAGAAGACUUGGCUAGGCCAUCAUCUAUGGACAUAGAUGCAGUUGGCCCCGGAGGAGUUACUGCAUUACAUGUAGCUGCAAUGCAUGGUGGUGUCAUGCAGUCAGGUUCAAAUAGCAAUCACAGUGAUGAGAUUGAUGGGAAGAAGCGUUUGAAGAAGAACUUCGUAAAAGAACUGUUGGAUCUGGGUGCUGAUGCUGGUCGUGUAACAGAUACAACAGCUGAAACUCCACUUCAUCUUGCUGCCAGAUUUUGUCAUCGUAAUGCAGCAGAGUGGCUUAUCUCAGAUGGCAAUGCAGAUGUGAAUGCUCGUGAUAGGGGUGGAAGAACACCUCUUCAUUCUGCGGUUGCAGCUGAUGGGCGAGAAGUUGUUAAGUUGUUGCUAGCUCAGUCCACUGUUGAUGUGGAUGCACAGGAUGAUGAUGGUGUUACUCCUGUGAUGGUUGCAGCUCGACUGAACACACAUUCUGUUAUGGAUAUGCUCUUAACUGCCAAAACUCCAUCAAACUUAAGUCUUGUUGAUAACCAAGGUAAGACAGCCUUACACUGGGCUGCUGCUGUUAAUAACUUUGAAGGUGCAGCUAUGCUUCUAAAACAUGGCUCACAGAAAGACAGUCAAAAUGGAAAAGGAGAAACUCCGCUUUUUCUUGCAGCAGCAGAAGGAUCUAUUGAGUGUGUUAAAGUCCUUUUGGAAAGUUAUGCAAGUCGUACUGUUCAGGAUGGAAUGGGCUGUACUCCGGUAGACGCUGCAUGUAGUAAUGGACACAUGGAUAUUGCAAGUUUGCUCAGGGACUAUACACUUGGUACCAGCGCACCAUCAACUGGUCGCACGUCGUCUAGUACAUCUGGUCAAGUGUCUGCAUCUUCUGUAACUACAGUACCAUUACACACAUCAGGGAUGGUUACAAGGUCACCUACUCAUCCACAGUUAAUGCACACAAGCAAUCAUCAUGAGUCAUCCAUCUCAUCAGAAGUUUCUGCAUUACCUGGUCGAAUUCGCACAGAUCCUUGGUUGUACUCUUAUUCUGAUGUUCCUCAAGUCAUGAGAGCUCCGAACAGCAGUGAUAGGUUGCGAUAUGAAAUGCGUGGGGAAGGGAGCAGGUCUGGUUAUGCCGCCGUGGAACAAGGUCAUUUAGUUCAAGUGUCACAGUCAGUGUCUUAUUCACAUCCAUCACACCCUGCAGCACAAAGUCCAUCUUAUGCAAGAUUUCAAUCUGGUCAGAUGUCUGCUUCAAGUUCUCACCAUAGCUCUCAAAUGCAACAGUAUGCACCUCGCUUCUCUAGAAUUCCAGAAAAUCAAACUAUGUACUCAUUCAGCCAGCAGGCUAGUGCUGAAUCAAAUGCUUUGGAAAAAAGAGUACCUGUCAAAUCUUCUGCUGCUAUGGUUUCUGUACCUGCUGCAACAUCAAUGCAAAUGCACUCUGUUUAUAUGCAUGCAGCCAGUGUUCCUAUCCAUCCCUAUCCUAGCCCUCCCUACCACACAAGCUCUGGAAAACCGUCACCUCAGCAGGUUUCUUUGCAACCCUCUGCGGAUUCCACUUACUUGACUCCUUCACCGGAAGCUCAUGAUUUGCAGUCUUCACCAGAGGGUUGGUCAUCAGAGUCACCCAAUGGACCUUCAGAUACAGGUGGUCAUUGGGCCACUGUUGACAACCGAAGUCCUGCUGCAAACUCUUCUUUUCGCGUAAACAACGGAUUUCAUCAUUCUGCUGCUACAAAGCCUUUGUCUCAUUUUCCGCAUUGACAGUAUACACUAAUGGUAUGUUAUGUUGGCAGGAGACUUUGAUGGCAGAGUUUAUGGGACAUUUUAUUGUAAGAUUUGGAUGACAAGAGUUGUCUGUAGCUGUAAAAACUUUGAAAUAGCCUAUAUGAUUUGCAAUUGUAACUUGGCUAGUGGUUAUAGGAUAUGAUGAUCAAAAUAGCGUGCUGGAA